UAUUUACGUUUCCCCAAACCACUAGAAAGUGACAGCGAGGCGACGUAGAAAUAGAGGUGACUUACAAAAGUAAUUCACAUUUUUAAGCUUAAUUUCGACGACUAUUUCAAAAUGUCCAACAAACUUUUGGUAAAGAACGCGAAACAGGUGGUUUUAAUUUGCAACAACGGUGAGAAGUUCCUGACGAAGGAUGGGAUGCAAAAGCUGUGUGUGAUUGAGAACAGUAGUUUGAUUAUCGGGAGCGACGGUCUAAUAAAGAAUAUUGGACCAGCGAGCACCAUUGAUUUCCAAUAUGCAGGAGUCUCGUUUGAUAAAGUAAUCGAUGCAACUGGCAUGUGUCAUUCCAGGCAAGUAUCAGUGCAAUACACCACCCUGGACAAUAUGGGGCGCACAGGAGGAUUGGUUGAUGCACACACCCACCCCGUAUGGGCUGGAGACAGGGUGCAUGAAUUUGCCAUGAAGUUGGCCGGUGCCACCUACAUGGAUGUGCACCGUGCCGGAGGAGGGAUCCACUUCACAGUGGAGCACACCCGGGCUGCUCUUGCCUCCACCCUGCUGGCCUCUCUGACAGGCAGGCUGGGUCGGAUGCAGCGGGCAGGCACCACCCUGGUGGAGUGUAAGAGUGGCUACGGCCUGGAGCUGCAGACAGAGCUGAAGAUGCUGGAGGUCAUCGAGACGGCCAGACGUACCCUGCCAAUCAAUAUAUCGUCUACCUACUGUGGAGCACACGCAGUCCCUAAGGGUAAGACUGUUGCCGAGGCGACAACAGACAUCCUUCAGGUCCAGUUGCCACAGCUGCGUGAGCGUAUGUCAGCUGGGGCCCUGAGGGUGGACAACAUAGAUGUGUUCUGUGAGCAGGGUGUGUUUGACCUGGCCUCCACAUGCUCCAUCCUGCAGGCCGGCCUGGACAUGGGCCUCAACAUCAACUUCCACGGAGACGAGCUGCACCCCAUGAACUCUGCACAGCUGGGGGCAGAGCUCGGUGCCUUGGCUAUCAGUCACCUGGAGGAGGUGACAGAUGAGGGCAUCGCUGCCAUGGCGACAGCUAAGACCGCUGCCGUCCUGCUCCCAACCACUGCCUACAUCCUGCGGUUACCCCAGCCGCGGGCCCGAGACAUGCUGGAUGCUGGGGUCAUUGUUGCCCUGGGCAGUGACUUCAACCCUAAUGCCUACUGUUGCUCUAUGCCGGUGGUGAUGCACCUGGCGUGCGUCAACAUGAGGAUGUCCAUGCCCGAGGCUCUGGCCGCCGCCACCAUCAACGCAGCCUACGCCCUGGGACGCUCUCACACGCACGGCUCCCUGGAGGUCAACAAACACGCCGACCUGCUGGUCCUCAACGCACCACGGUGGGAGCAUCUCAUCUACCAGUUAGGAGGACACCAGGAACUGAUUCGCUACGUUGUCAUCAGGGGCAACGUCGUCUAUAACAACGACAAAACCAUGGACUUCUAACUCCAAAAUUGGGUUUGGAUAACUGACGUUCUUCCCCCAGGCAUAGUCACACACGGCCCUGUUGCCUCGUGGACAGGGCUGUGUGUGUCUAUAAAUGGACACAGCUCACAGUCAAGGAUUUGUAAAUGGACAGUUAAUAUUAACCUGAUAUUCUAUGUCUUGGUCAGUGGGGUAUGUGGUAACAUUUGAGUAUGUGCUUUAAACCAUGUGGUAACAUUUGAGUAUGGGCUUUGAACCAUUGUUUCUGCAAUCUCCAAAUGACUGUAGAGUUGGGUAGGGUUAAUAUCCAGGAAGUGUUGGUUAAAAAGAACGUGAUUAAAUGUUGUGCCUUUUUCUUACCAUAAACAAAAGUCUCCAUU